CUCUUUCUCACAAAGCUAACAAACCGAAGCCCACUUGCCAAAUUCGACAGCAGUUAUACAUCGCAUUCCUUGCAAUUGAUCUUGCAAUCAUUCAUUCUCUGAUAUGGCUCCCGCAUUAUUAAGUACGGCUCUCAGGGAGCAGCAUGUGGUUAUCCUUGGGGGUGCAUACGCGGGUCUGUCCACGGCGCUGAACCUCCUCCGGAUCUGCGACGGGACCAUUGCUCAGUACGGCAAGGGAGGUAGAGGUGGUGGCAGGAGCGGUGGUAGGGGAGGUGGAAGAGGAGGUGGUGGUGGUGGUGGACGAGGAGGCUUUGGGGGACAGAAAAUGGAGCUUCCCCAUGCUCCCCGAAACAUGCCCAAGAUCACGAUCCUGGAUCCUAGAGACGGAUUUUAUCACACCGUUGGAACGCCAAUGGCUCAUACAUCCAGAGACUUUAUUCCUAAGCCCUGGCGAACGUGGGAAGAGAUCCCUGAGUUGAAGAGAGAGUCUGUGUCUAUUCUCAAGGGAGCUGCCGUAAAGGUCGAUCCGGAAGCGAAGUCAUUGCUUUAUGUAUCGGGUGAAUCGGAGGGCUUACAGCAGAAAUCCCUCGACUAUGACUAUCUCGUUGUGGCCACUGGCCUCAGGCGUCCAUGGCCCACGGUUCCGGCGGCUACCACGAAGUCGGAGUAUUCUGCACAAGCUCAGCGAUAUAUCGACCACUUGCAGCAAUGCAAAUCCAUUGUUGUCAUUGGAGGAGGCGCGGUUGGCAUUGAAAUGGCGGCAGAAAUAAAGCACCGGCACCCUACCAAGGAGGUGACUCUGGUACACUCUCGCUCUGAGCUUCUGUCUUCCGAGCCCCUGCCCUCGGAGUUCCGAGAACAGGUCAAUCGCAUUGUCGAAGGCGGCGGAGUCACCGUGAUUCUGGAAAACCGUGUAAUCAAUGUCACAGAGGAAUCGGGUCCGUCCAAGAUAGUGACUUUGCAGAACGGCCACCAGAUUGCAGCUGACGAGGUAAUCUGGGCAACCUCGUCCGCUGCGCCAAUCACUGAAUUUCUCCCGAAAGAAUCGCUGGAUGAGAGAGGAUUUGUGGAGACCCUCCCAAGCACACACUUCGCCAGAAAUAUACCCAACAGCGACUCCCAUUUCGCGGUGGGCGAUGUGAUUGCGACGCCUGGAAUUCGACUGGCAGCAGGUGCAGUCCGAAUGGGAAAAAUAGCUGCCGCGAGCAUUGCUCACAUGAUUGUGGCUGGGGAGUCAGGACAUGGGCUCCCAGAUGCACAGUCAAUGCCCCAGAGUAAAGGGCCCAAUUCCGGUAUCAAGUUGGUGAUCGGGGCAUCUGGAGCCGUAUAUGAUGGGAAGACAGGAGACAUGAUGUGGGGUCCUGAGGUCAAACAGAGAGUCUUUGGAGAUGAUAUGGCGCUGCAUCGUGCAUUGGGAUCGCUGGGCUUGCCUUUGGAUGCUUAG